GUCGCCUCUCGCGCUCCGCUUCGUCGUGCGCUCCCGCUGAAAACUGCUCGCCCUUUCCCGCACUUGGCGCUCGCUCCGCGUCCAUAAUGGAAAACAGGAAGGAGAUGGUGAUGUUCAUAGAGGGAGGUCAACUUGGCACGCUGGUUGGCAAGAUAGGCGCCAAUUUGUCAGAAGCAGUCGGGAGCCCUGUUCAGGAACCGCAGGAGAAGAUGAUCCACAAAAACUGCGGGAGCCCCAGGUCGGCGCCUCUAUCACGAGACAGAGCGGACGGGGAGGUGGAGGACGCGCGCAGCGGCGCCUGCAGCAAUAUAAGCCCGGGCGGCGUUCCCUCGGCUGCGGGGAGAGCUCGGUCAGAACUCCGCAACAAAGAGCACAGCAGCUCCGACACGGAGUCCGAUUUCUACGAAGAAAUUGAUGUCAGCUGCACGCCAGAAAGCAUGGAGUACCCCAACGGAAAGGGUCGCUCUGGGGAUUCUCCCGGCCACGGUAAUGACUGCGGGGGGGACUCGGGAAAAAUGAGCGCGGCUCAGGGCUCGCUCUCCUACGGUGCGGACCAGAUGCGCCGGUACCGGACGGCCUUCACGCGGGAGCAGAUAGCCCGCCUGGAGAAGGAAUUCUACCGGGAGAAUUACGUCUCCAGACCCAGGAGAUGCGAGCUGGCGGCCGCUCUAAAUUUACCAGAAACAACAAUCAAGGUGUGGUUCCAGAACAGGCGGAUGAAGGACAAGCGGCAGCGGCUGGCGAUGACGUGGCCCCACCCCGCAGACCCCGCCUUCUACACCUACAUGAUGAGCCACGCGGCGGCCGCGGCGGCAGGGGGGGGGAACCUGCCCUACCCCUUCCCCUCCCACCUGCCCCUGCCCUACUACUCCCACCUGGGCAUGGGGGGCAGCACCGCCUCGCCCGCCCCCUUCAGCGGGCCCCUCCGGCCCCUCGACACCUUCCGGGUGCUGUCCCACCCCUACCCCCGUCCCGAGCUGCUCUGCGCCUUCCGGCACCCCUCCCUGUACCCGGGGCACGGCCUGGCGGCCGGGGGGGCGCCCUGCUCCUGCCUGGCCUGCCACGGGGCGGGGCAGCCCAACGGCCUGCCCCACAGACCGCCCGCCUCGGACUUCGGAGGCCCCGCCUCCAGCAGGACUGAGGCCUUCCUGACCUUCAGCCCCGCCGUGCUGAGCAAGCCCUCCCCUGUCACCUUGGACCAGAGAGAGGAAGUACCUUUAACCAGAUAAAAGGGGCUGCUGUGGCCCCCGGGGCAGCCAGGACGGGGCACCCAGGACGGGGCAGCCAGGACCGCGCAUCGCGCUGUGCCCGCACUGCUCAAACGGGACUCGGUUACACGCAUGAGGGAGGCGCUGAAACGGAACGAGCGCGAAAUACAGCGGGAACUGCGCGAGACGGACACCUGCCAGAGCGCAGGACUGGAGCCGGGACUCGAAAUUCUCCGGUUCUAUAAGCUAAUGCGGCACCUGCCAGCGGAUAAUAAUAUUUAUAGAUCUACGAAGACGAAAACAGAAUUCGCAGUGAACUGUAGAGAUUUCGCUAAAAUCGUCCUGGCUAAAAAAACAAAUGAAAAAAAAAACAUUGGAGGAAAAGCAAAAUUUAGCCCAAAUCUUGAAGCUAUAAUCUUUUACCGAUCGGACUGGACUGAAAAGAGCGGGCAGACGUUUAUCGACGUGAUGGAUGAUGUUAACGCUUUAUCAUUAUUUGUAGUUUCUUCACAUGUCCAAAUUGGCCUAGAUAUAUUGUUAGUUACAUUAAAAUGAUGUUUUUCUUCUGUCUUUUUAACAAGGGAAUUUGUUAACAGACUGAGGAAGCUCAUUAUUUCUCCUCCAAAGCCCCUGUCCCGGUACACGCGGCUGAAAUGUGCAGAUGCUGGUAAAAUUAGCGAGUGAUGUAUAUGUAAGGAGGAAUUUUGAAUGUUGAAUUAAUGAUAAUACUGUGCGCGUGGAGACUUCCUGCCAAACGGUAACAAGGCGCCAUGGGAACGGAUUAGCUGACGGGAGCGCGAGAUCUAUUGGACAAUCACACGCAGCAAAUUGGGGCAAACGCGAGCUGCCUGUCUUCUCGCGCCUUCGGCAGAACAGGCCCAAAAACUCCCCUUCACCGCCUACUGUUUAUGAGGAAAA